CGUGACUUGGUAAAGGGAUUUUGACCAGUAAUUACCCGGGGUGGUCAAACACAAAAACCAUGGCAUCAUCCCGCAACCCCAACCCCACGAUGAGCGAAGCUCAUCAAUCCCCUUGGGGGGCGCCAUCAACUGGACCGGAAUCAGGGGUAGUAGCACAGGGACAGGAACACGAAGAACAAUUUCACGCACUAGAUCAAGGACAGCAGCAGCAAGAGCAAUGGCAUGGAGGAGUAACCGGGCAACAGGAGGAACUCAUCCCCGCUCCACUGCAGGUCGACGACGACAUCGAUCUCGAUGACAACUCAGACCGCGACUCGGCCUACGGCUCGCUCGCGGGGUCGACGCGCACGGAUUCAAUCACGUCCUCCAUCACCAACUACGUCUACGAGAACGGGCGGCGGUACCACGCCUUCCGGUCGGGCCAGUACGUGCUGCCCAACGACGACGCCGAGCAGGAGCGGCUAGACCUGCAGCACCACAUCUGGCGCCUGCUCCUCGGGGGCGCGCUCUACACCGCGCCGCUGCGCAUCCCCCAACCGGGGGAGCUCCUCCCCACCGCCAGCAGCGGCGGGAGCAUCAGCACCAGCAGCAGCGGCGGGUCGGACUUCCGCAUCCUGGACCUCGGGUGCGGGACGGGGAUCUGGGCGAUCGACAUGGCGGACGAGUUCCCGCGGGCGUCGGUGUUCGGGGUGGACCUGUCGCCGAUCCAGCCCGAGUGGGUGCCGGGCAACUGCCGCUUCCACGUGGACGACUACGAGGACGAGUGGACCUACCGCGACGACGAGGCCUUCGACUACAUCCACGGCCGCGCCAUCUCGGGCACCGUCGCCGACUGGCCCAACUUCUACCGCCAGGUGCGCCAGAACCUGAAGCCCGGCGGCUGGUGCGAGAUGCAGGAGUACGAUGCCUGGAUCUAUAGCGAUGAUGAUAGCCUCGAGCGGGCGCCUUGGACCAAGACGUGGUCCGAGAAGCUGCAUGCGGCGAGCACCAUGUUUGGGAAGACCAUCAAUGUGGCCAAGGACCACAAGCAGUGGAUGAUCGAUGCCGGGUUUGAGGAUGUCGUCGAGAAGAUAGUCCGGAUUCCCAUCGGCCCCUGGGCCAAGGACCCGGCGCUCAAGGAGCUGGGCCGGUUUGAGCAGCUGCACAUGCAAAUGUCGGUUGCAUCGCACGUCCCGGCCCUUUUCACCAGAGUGUUCUCCUACUCGGAACAGCAGGUUCAGUUGUUGAUCGAGGGCGUCAAACGCGAGUUUCGAAGCAGGGACUUGAGGUUAAUCACAUGCUACCGCUUCGUCGUCGGGAGGAGCCCUGGCCCUCCUCCCUUCAUGGGAUGAAUCGGUCUACGAGACAUGGUAUUAUUAUUAUAGUAUUAAUUUAAUGACUUAUGCUGCCGUAACGUCCUGUGGUCGUAAGCGCAGCUUGGUGCCGUCUCUUUGAGAAACACAUGUGAUUCCCAUCCCUCCGCUUCUGAAUGUACUUCAGGGAUCGUUCAAGUCGU